AUCUCGCGCCCGAAUAGUGUGUUUCACGCACCACCACCACCGCUGCCCGCCGACACGUUUUUUUCAGUUGCAGUAUUCAAAUGGGGCGGCAUCAGCAUUGUAAAUGCAUGUAAAUAAUUUUCGGUUCAGUAUAAAAGUGUAGGUGUUUGGUGGUAGGCAUUACAUUCCAAGGUUUGCUUCGGAGGUGUGCUGUAGCGAACUAACAAAACAAAACAUAGCGAUGUCUCGUUUUACGGUAAGGAUUCUUCUGUGGAUGAUAAAGUGCAGCGACUACCAGUGAUUGAGUUCAAAUAAAAUAAAUGAUUUGAUUUAAUGAAAAAAUAUAGGGUCAAAGUUUAUAAAAAAAAUGUUUUUCAGAUUCUCUUUGUCAUCGCUUUGGCGUAUGAAGCUUUCGGAGAAGGUGUGAAGAAAGACACCGUCGCUACUGAUUCCAAUGCUGAGCAGUCGGCAUAUUACGGUUCUAUCGCCGGCCACGGCCUAAUGGGCGGCGGCCUCUAUGGUGGCCAGGCCAUUGUCGCCGGAGGCCCCGGCCUCAUUAGCGGUGGUGCCCUCGUGGGCAGCGGCCAAGCCCUCAACAAUGCUGCUGCCGUUGGUGCGGCUCAACUCAGCGCCAUCCAGAACGCUCAGGCCGUCCAGGCCGCUAACAUCGCCAACGCGGCCUCCGCCGCUAUCCAGGGAGCCCGUGUGACCGAAGGUGCCGCCCGUGCUGGACAAGCCAACGCUAUCAACAACGCCAGGGCUUUGGAUGCGGCGCGCAUCGCCAACUUACAGAGGGCUCAGGCUGCCGCAUACGAGAACGCUAGGGCCGUAGAGGCAGCACGCAGCGCUGCUGCUGGAAGCGCUAUUGAGGCCGGCCGCGCCGCGGAGGCUGACCGUCUUGCCAACGCCGCCCGCUACCAGGGUCUGGCUAUCGCUCAGGCACGCGCCGUGGAAGCAGCUCGCAUCGCAAACGCCGCUCGCGCGCAGGCGUCCGCCGUCGCCGCUAGCGCCGCUCAAGCUCAGGCUGUCGCUGAUGCGGCCGCCAGACAGGCCCAGGCCGGAGCUCUGCUGCUCGGCGCUGGCGGCGUCGGUGUAGUAGGCGUAGCACCGGUAGCGGUCGGCGGCCUCGGUCUCGCUGGUGGCUCAGUGGCUGUUGGAGGUCCGGCGUACGGCUCUCUCGGCGGACUCGGCGGCUAUGGCGGCGGUCUCGUCGCCUAUGGCGGCGGCGUCGGCGCCUACGGCGGCGGCUGGGGCGGUGCUGGCAAAUGGCACUAAACGGAAAAUUUAAACAAAGCUCUUGAUUGGACACACACAUAGAUUCUACAUCCAUUUCGGCUUUCUCCGUAGAAAUGGUUGGCGGCAGAUCCCAAUACAACACGGUUGGUCAUGUAAAUAUUAAUACAAAUUUUAUCUUGUAAACCUUCGACUACCUACCAAUAAAUAUUACAAAAGCAUAGAG